UUGCCCACAGAAGCCGCCUGAUCCUGACGGGUGAGCUGGGUACCUGCUGUGGCAGGUUGUGUUUGUACCCGCUGGGGGUUGUUGUCCCCCUGUAGGCUCCCGGGGCAGUCUUAUCAGGCAGUGUAGAGCAAGCAAGAUGUCUUCAGAAAAGUUCACCCUGGUUGCACAAUCAAGAUUUGAUUCAAAAUGGCUGAAGACAGAUUUACAGCUUGCCUUCACACGAGAUGGGUUCUGCAGUCUGUGGAACGAAAUGGUCAAAGACGGGGAGAUUGUUUACAUGGGAACUGAAUGCAGCCAGACUGGAGAUCUUCCAUCCAGAAAAGAUGAAGUAAAUGAAGCCCAAGCAGGCUCCAAAAAGGACGAUCAGAAUGAGCGGGAGAAAAAAGAGGAAGAUGAAAUGCCAAUACCAAACUACAAGGCCAAAACUCUUAUGGACAACUGGGUCUGGAGCAGACCACCAGAUGUGAAUGAACUUAAGGAGAGCCUCUACGUGCUUGUAAAGGAACAGCAAGUACUCGCGACACAGACGGCCACCACCACCCUUUCCGCCAUGAGACUAAAGCAAAGACUGGUCAUACUGGAGCGGUAUUUUAUUGCACUGAACAGAACUGUUUUUCAGGAAAGCAUUAAAGUAAAAUGGAAAAGUAACACCGUCCCUCCUCCUGCCGUGGAAAAGAAAGGUGAGGACAUUUUUGAGCUUACCUUUCAUGGACACAGCUCACGUCCAGUUGGCCAGGGGGUGGAAGGACUUGCUAGAGUGGGCUCCCGAGCUGCCCUGUCAUUUGCCUUUGCUUUCCUGCGGAGAGCAUGGAGAUCUGGUGAAGAUGCAGAUCUUUGUAGUGAACUGUUACAAGAAUCCCUCGACGCCCUGAGGGCUCUUCCUGAGGCCACACUCUUUGAUGAGGGCACAGUUUCAUCUGUCUGGCUUGAAGUUGUUGAGCGAGCUACAAAAUUUUUAAGGUCUGUUACAGGUGAUAUCCACGGUGCUCAGAGUCCUAGGGCUGCAGGAAACAUUCCACUUCAAGACCAGCACCUAGCACUUGCCAUAUUACUAGAGCUUGCUGUACAGAGGGGCACUCUCAGCCAAAUGUUAUCUGCUGUUAUGCUGCUACUUCAACUCUGGGACAAUGGAACAAGGGAAACUGAUAAUGAGCGGUCCGCCCAGGGAACCAGCGCGCCUCUCCUCCCUCUACUACAUCGGUUCCAGGGUAUUGUGUGCAAUAAAGAUGUUCAUAACCUGGAAAAAGAAAUUCAGGUGCUCUCAUGUCCUCUAAGCCCAAAUGAAAACUUUUUGCGCUAUCUGAUAUUGCCUCAGGACAAUGAGCUAGCUAUUGACUUAAGGCAAACUGCAGUUGUUAUCAUGGCACAUUUAGACCGAUUGGCCGUGCCAUGCAUGCCUCCACAGUGCAGCUCCCCGACCUCACAUAAGGGCUCCUUGCAGGAGGUAAUCAGUUGGGGUCUUUUGGGGUGGAAGUAUUAUGCGAAUGUGAGUGGCCCGAUACAAUGUGAAGCUCUGGCUACGCUUGGUGUUACGCAAAUAGCCUGCGCUGAGAAGUGUUUCCUGAUACUUUCCAGAAACGGCAAGGUUUACACUCAGACGUACAACAAUAAUACACUGGGACCACAGCUUGUGCAGGGUCUUGCCUCCCGAAAUAUUGUGAAGAUUUAUUCUCAUUCUGAUGGACAGCAUUAUCUGGCCUUAUCCUCCACUGGUGAACUAUUUUCAUGGGGUUGUGGUGAUGGUGGAAGACUAGGUCAUGGAGACACUGUUUCAUUAGAGGAGCCUAAACUGGUUUCUGCCCUGUGUGGCAAGCAGUCUGGGAAGCAGAUUGUUCACAUUGCAUGCGGCAGCACAUACAGUGCCGCCAUCACUGCUGAUGGAGAGCUGUACACUUGGGGCCGAGGAAACUAUGGAAGACUGGGACAUGGCUCAAGUGAGGACCAGACUGUUCCAAUGUUGGUGACUGGACUGAAAGGACUAAAGGUAGUCGACAUUUCUUGUGGAAGUGGAGAUGCUCAGACUUUGGCAGUGACUGAAAAUGGUCAAGUCUGGUCUUGGGGAGAUGGGGAUUAUGGAAAGCUGGGUAGAGGAGGCAGCGAUGGUUGUAAAACCCCCAAGUUGAUUGAGAAACUUCAAGACCUGGACAUAGUAAAAGUUCGCUGUGGCAGCCAGUUUUCCAUUGCCAUCACCAAAGAUGGACAGGUCUAUUCCUGGGGUAAAGGAGACAACCAGAGGCUUGGACAUGGGACAGAGGAACAUGUCAGAUAUCCCAAAUUACUUGAUGGCCUGCAAGGCAAAAAGGUGGUUGACGUAGCAGUGGGCUCCACUCACUGCCUGGCACUCACUGAGUCCGGAGACGUUUACAGCUGGGGGAGCAAUGAUCAAUGUCAGCAUUUUGACACCUUACGUAUUGCAAAGCCUGAGCCAUCUGCCCUCCCUGGAUUGGACUCUAAACACAUAGUCGGAAUUGCAUGUGGACCCGCUCAGAGUUUUGCCUGGUCUUCAUGCUCAGAGUGGUCCAUUGGUCUUCGUGUGCCUUUUGUGGUAGAUGUGUGCUCCAUGACCUUUGAACAACUAGAUCUUCUUCUGCGACAAGUCAGUGAAGGGAUGGAUGGCAGCUCAGAUUGGCCACCUCCACAAGAGAAGGAAUGUAUGGCUGUAUCAACACUUAACCUUCUUCGGUUGCAGUUGCAUGCUGCCAUCAGCCAUCAAGUAGAUCCAGAGUGUCUAGGCCUGGGUCUCGGAAGUACUUUGUUGAACAGUUUGAAGCAGACCGUGGUCACCUUGGCUAGUAAUGCUGGAGUGCUGAAUACCGUUCAGUCAGCUGCCCAAGCAGUUCUACAAAGUGGGUGGUCUCUUCUCCUGCCAACGGCUGAGGAAAGAGCCAGAGCUCUGUCUGCCUUGUUACCAAAUGCAGCCUCUGGAAAUGAAAUGACCAUAAGUCCCGGCCGUCGCUUUAUGAUUGACCUGUUGGUGAGCAGUUUGAUGGCAGAUGGAGGAUUGGAAUGUGCAUUAAACGCAGCUAUAACCGCAGAGAUUCAGGAUAUCGAAGCCAAGAAAGAGGCCCAGAAAGAGAAGGAAAUAGAUGAGCAGGAAGCCAAUGUGUCCACGCUGCAUAGGAGCAGCACACCACUGGAUAAAGACCUAAUAAACACCGGAAUCUAUGAAUCUGCAGGAAAGCAAACCUUACCCUUAGUGCAACUCAUACAGCAGUUACUUAGGAACAUUGCAUCUCAAACCAUUGCUAAACUAAAAGAUGUGGCACGCCGCAUAUCCUCCAGCUUGGAUCAGGAGCAUUUUAGUAAGGAGAGGUCAGCAUCCAUGGAUCUCUUGCUCCGUUUUCAGAGAUUACUUGUCAGCAAGCUCUACCCGGGCACAGUGGUGGACCAGUCUGCAAACACCCAUGCGCCUGAUCUUCUAGGUGUUGGCUCCUUAUUGAAGAAAUAUACAGCUCUUCUGUGCACACAUAUCGGAGACAUACUUCCUGUGGCGACCAACAUUGCUUCAACAUCUCAUAGGCAUUUUGCAGAAGUGUCCCGUAUUGUGGCUGGUGAUCUUACAGGUGUACUCCUUCCAGAACUGGUGGUCUCUGCCGUACUACUGCUUUGUAAAAACGCUUGGCUCAUGCAGGAAGCUGGUGCCAUCCCUCUUCUGGCCAGUCUUCUAGAACCUUUAGAUCGGUUUAACCAUCUUGCACCUGGAAGGGAGAGAGAUGACAAUGAGGACUUGGCCUGGCCUGGCGUAAUGAGCUCAUUUUUUAGUGGUCAGAGCUCCAGGAACAAUGAAGAAGUUACUUUAAUACGUAAAGCAGAUUUGGAGAAUCACAACAAAGACGGUGGAUUCUGGACUGUAAUAGAUGGAAAAGUUUAUGACAUCAAGGACUUUCAAGCACAAUCCUUACAUGCAAAUACUAUACUCGCCCACUUUGCUGGUGAAGACCCUGUGGUGGCUUUGGAGGCUGCACUUCAGUUUGAUGACACCAGAGAGUCCAUGCAUGCCUUUUGUGUGGGCCACUACAUGGAGCCUGAUCAAGAAGUGAUUACAGCACCAGAUCUCAGCAGUCUGUCUUCUCCACUUGUGGACACUGAACGAAACUUGGGUUUGCUCCUAGGACUUCAUGCUUCUUACUUGUCCCUAAGUACACCUUUGUCUUCUGUGGAAAUUGAGUGUGCUAGAUGGCUUAAAUCCUCAAUAUUUUCUGGAGGUCUCCAAACCAGCCAGAUUCAUUACAGCUAUAAUGAGGAAAAAGAUGAGGACCACAGCAGCUCCCAAGGCAACACUACCCCUAACAAAUCAAAACUGUACGGACAUCGGCUGUCCAUGAGUGAUCAUUCCCAGCCCUUCCUUCAAGCUAUCGCAGACAAUAAUACUCAGGAUCACACGGUCAAGGAAUUUCUGUGUCAGAUAGAGCGGUACUGUAAACAGUGUCACUUGACCACACCAAUCACAUUUCCUCCAGAACAUCCAGUCGAAGAAGUAGGCCGUCUGCUGCUCUGCUGUCUAUUGAAACAUGAAGAUUUAGGUAACAUUGCUUUGUCUAUGGUUCAUCAUGGUGCUUUGAAUGUGGACCAAGUUAAACACAAGACAUUGCCCAGAUCUGUGGCGGAUGUGUGCCGAGUAGUUUAUCAAGCGAAAUGCUCUCUCAUAAAGACACAUCAAGAACAAGGGCGCUCCUACAAAGAAGUGUGUGCUCCAGUCAUUGAACGUCUCCGGUUUCUCUUCAAUGAGCUGCGUCCUGCCGUCUGUAAUGACCUGUCAAUUGUGUCUAAGUUGAAGCUCCUCAGCUCCAUCCCGAGGUGGAAAAGAAUAGUUCAAAGCAUUAUCAGGGAAAAAAGGAAGAAAAAAGUGCCCAAAAAGUCUGAGUCUGCAGAUGUGGAUGAUACUAAAAUUGGCAACGAAGAGGGAGAACAAGAAGAAUCUUUUGUCUUACCUUCUAGUCCUUUAUCUCUGGAUAAGAAACCCCCGUCCGUAAAAUCACCCAAGGAUAAAUGGCAGCCAAUCCUAAGCUCUGUAACUGGUGUCCAUAAAUACAAGUGGCUGAAGCAUAAUGUACAGGGUACAUACCCACAGUCUGCCUUGCUUGGCACAGUUAUGGAGUUUGCACUGAAGGAAGAACCAGUUGAUGUAGAAAAAAUGAGGAAAUGCUUACUAAAACAGCUGGAAAGAGCAGAAGUUCGCCUAGAAGGUAUAGAUACCAUGUUAAAAUUGGCCACCAAAAGCUUCCUACUUCCGUCUGUCCAGUAUGCAAUGUUUUGUGGUUGGCAGCGACUUGUUCCUGAAGGAACCAAUUUAAGUGAACCACUGACAGACUGUUUGAAGGAUGUUGACCUUAUUCCCCCCUUUAAUCGUAUGCUACUUGAGGUAACUUAUGGAAAACUGUAUGCCUGGGCCAUUCAGAACAUUAGAAAUAUAUUGCUUGAUGCCACUAGCAGAUUUAAAGAUAUGGGCAUCCAGCCUGUUCCUCUUCAGACCAUCACCAAUGAGAAUCCCUCUGGACCAAGCCUGGGGACCAUUCCACAAGCCAGAUUCUUGCUGGUCAUGCUGAACAUGCUGACACGUCAGCAUGGCGCAAAUAGCCUCAACUUGCUGGUCAAUUCUGGCAUGCUGGCACUGACUCAAACCAUCCUCCGACUAAUUGGUCCUACUUCUGAUAACUGUGAAGAAGAUUUGAGUAUAAGCUUACUAGGAGCUUCCGCAACUGUUUUGGAGGAGUCUAGAAAGGAAACUGUACCAGUUCAGAUACCUGCCUCUGGACCAGAACUUGCAUCUAUGAUGAAAAUUGGCACUAGAGUCAUGAGAGGAGUAGACUGGAAGUGGGGAGACCAGGAUGGGCCUCCUCCAGGACUUGGCCGUGUCAUCGGAGAACUAGGAGAGGAUGGCUGGAUUAGAGUACAGUGGGAUACAGGCAGUACAAAUUCCUACAGGAUGGGAAAAGAAGGGAAAUAUGAUCUGAAACUGACCGAACCGCCACCAGCCACUCAGCCCAUGGCAGAUGACUCGGACACAGAGGAUGACUCAGAGGGAGAACAGGUGGACAAGAAUUUACACCCUACCUCAAUGAUGCUGAUGAGCACUGUAAACCUCCUCCAGAACGUUUGCCUCUCGGCUGCUGUGAAUGCAGAGAUAAUGCAACCAGAAGCAACCAGGACUCUCUGUGGCUUGCUCCGUAUGUUGGUAGAGAGUGGCACCAUGGAUAAAACAGCUCCUUCAACAAAUAAAGUCGUAUUUAAGGAGCAGCACAAGAGUUGGUGCACACUGGGAUUCAUCCGUAGCAUUGCUCUUAUGCCACAGAUGUGUAGUACCUUGAGCAUGUCACAGUGGAUAGCCCUUCUAAUGAAAAUUGUAGAGGGUCCAGAGUCCUUUACUGCAGCUUCAUUACAACGUCAGAUUCUGGCUAUUCGGCUGUUACAAGCAGUCCUUCCUUCAUGGGACAAGAAUGAACGUUCAGUGGACAUGAAACUUCUUGUUGAAAAGCUUUUUUGUUUUUUGGGCAGCCUUCUAACUACUUGUUCUUCAGACAUCCCCCUUCUUAGAGAAUCCACCCUCCGAAGACGGAAAUCUCGCCCACAGGCAUCUUUGACAGCAACUCAUAGUAGCACCUUAGCAGAGGAGAUUGUAGCUUUACUUCGCACUCUUCAUUCAUUGAAUCAGUGGAAUGGUCUCAUCAACAAGUACAUCAACUCUCAGCUAAGCUCUAUCACUACCAUUUUGGAAGGAAAACGCAUUGAUGCGCAGGCUGUGUUGGAGGAUUACUUUCCUGACUCAGAAAACCCUGAAGUUCGUAGCCUGAUGGCAGUUUUGGCCGUGAUAGGGGGCAUAGACAGUCGCUUACGCCUCGGGGGACAGGUGUUACAUGAUGAGUUUGGAGAGGGCACCGUGACCCGAAUCACUCCUAAAGGAAAAAUCACCGUUCAGUUCCACGAUGUGCGCAUCAGCCAUAUUUGCCCUUUAAAUCAACUUCACCCACUACCUGUGGUGCCAUUUUGUGUGAACAACUUGCCAUUUACUGAUCCAAUGCUGUCUGUCUGGGCACAGCUGGUAAACCUGGCAGGGUGCAAGCUGGAAAAGCACAGGAUGAAGAAAUCUCCCAGUCAGGGGCUUGCAGACCAAGUUGAUCUGGACCGUUUGAGGUGUCAACAGCUGAAGCUUUACAUACUGAAGGCUGGCUGGGCCCUUCUCUCUCACCAAGACAGACUGAGACAGAUCUUAUCGCAGCCAUCCGUGCAGGAAACAGGACUCAUUCCAGCUGAUGAAGGCGCUGCAGCCACUCCAGAUUUUGCAGAUAUGUCUCCAGAGGCUCCCCAGCCUCCAAUGAUAUUGCUACAACAGUUACUGACCGCGGCUACACAGCCUUCCCCUGUGAAAGCGAUAUUUGAUAAACAAGAGCUGGAGGCAGCAGCCCUGGCAGUUUGUCAGUACCUGGCAGUGGAGUCCACACAUCCAUCAUCUCCACUUUUGGACGACUUCUGCAGUUCAAGUGAGGUUUCUUCUCCUGUGACUGUGCAGCACAUCUGUCCAGCAAAAGUCAAAAAGUGCAAGCCGUCCCCCAUACCACCUGUCCCAAUUGUGGUACAAUUGAUGGAAAUGGGCUUUCAAAGGAAGAACAUUGAGUUUGCGCUGAAGUCACUGUCUGGAGCAUCUGGUACUGCUUCAAGCUCCCCAGGUGUCGAGGCAUUAGUCGGAUGGUUACUGGAUCAUCCUGACAUCCAGAUCACCGAACUCUCAGAUUUUGAGACCGCCUCUGAGGAGUCGGAUGAAGAAGCGGUGGAAGAAGUGGAGGAGCUGGAAGCUGCGUAUCCGGAUUCAAAUGGUGCCGUUGUGACAGAGAGCCAGACUUACAAGAAAAGAGCGGACUUCUUAAGCAAUGAUGAUUAUGCAGUGUAUGUGAGGGAGAACAUUCAGGUUGGCAUGAUGGUGCGUUGCUGUCGGACAUAUGAAGAAGUCUGUGAAGGUGAUGUGGGUAAAGUCAUCAAGUUAGACCGUGAUGGGCUCCAUGACUUGAAUGUUCAAUGUGACUGGCAACAAAAAGGUGGAACCUACUGGGUGCGAUAUAUCCAUGUGGAGUUACUUGGUUUUCCUCCCCAAAGUUCCCAUUCCCAUAUCAAAAUUGGUGAUAAAGUAAGAGUGAAGGCGUCCGUUACCACACCAAAAUAUAAGUGGGGUUCAGUUACUCACAGGAGUGUGGGUGUCGUUAAAGCAUUCAGUGCUAAUGGAAAGGAUGUGAUUGUAGACUUCCCCCAGCAGUCACACUGGACGGGACUGUUAUCUGAAAUGGAGUUGGUUCCAAGCAUACACCCUGGAGUGACAUGUGACGGAUGCCAGAUGUUUCCUAUUCAUGGGCCUAGAUUCAAAUGCCGAAAUUGUGAUGACUUUGAUUUCUGUGAAACCUGUUUCAAAAACCGAAAACAUAACGCAAGGCACACGUUCGGAAGAAUAAAUGAGCCAGGUCAGUCUCCGGUGUUCUGCGGACGCUCUGGCAAGCAGUUGAAGAGGCGGCACAGUGGUCAGAGGGGCAUGUUGUUGGAUGAUUGGUCAAGAAUUGUCAAAAAUUUGAACGUCUCCUCCUCUGCAAACCAGGCGUCACGUCUUAUUGAUGGUAGCGAUCAGUGCUGGCAGUCUUCUGGCUCACAGGGCAAGCAUUGGAUCAGGUUAGAGAUCUUUCCGGAUGUUUUGGUGCACAGACUGAUGAUGAUCGUGGACCCUGCAGACAGUAGCUAUAUGCCUUCUCUGGUUGUGGUGUCAGGUGGCAAUUCCUUAAAUAACCUCAUUGAGUUAAAAACCAUAAACAUAAAUCCUACAGACAUGAGUGUAUUGCUCCUCAGUGACUGUACAGAGUUUCACAGAUAUAUUGAAAUUGCUAUAAAACAGUGUCGGAGUUCGGGCAUUGAUUGUAAGAUCCAUGAAUUGAGUGUCAUAGGGCAGAUCCGGGCAGAGGAUGAAGACCUGGCAACUGUGCCAUUUCUUGCUUCAGAUAAUGAGGAGGAGGAUGAUGAUAAAGCCACUACCGGGAGUUUCGUUAGGAAAAAAGCAGCUGCUUUAGAAUCAGCAGCAACUAUUAGAACAAAAGUGUUUGUGUGGGGCCUAAAUGACAAAGAUCAGCUGGGAGGAUUGAAAGGAUCUAAGAUCAAAGUCCCUUCAUUUUCCGAGACAUUAUCUGCUCUCAAUGUUGUGCAAGUUGCCGGUGGAUCCAAAAGUCUUUUUGCUGUGACUGCUGAGGGGAAAGUAUAUGCGUGUGGUGAGGCUACCAACGGAAGAUUGGGUUUAGGCAUUUCCAGUGGCACAGUACCUAUACCUCGACAGAUGACAGCCCUCAGCAACUAUGUAGUGAAGAAAGUCGCCGUUCAUUCAGGUGGAAGACAUGCAAUGGCUCUAACCGUGGAUGGCAAAAUCUUCUCCUGGGGCGAGGGUGAUGAUGGCAAGCUUGGUCACUUCAGCAGAAUGAACUGUGAUAAACCAAGACUUAUAGAAGCUCUCAAGAGCAAGCGCAUCCGGGACAUCGCCUGUGGCAGUUCUCAUAGUGCAGCCAUUACGUCUAGCGGGGAACUGUAUACGUGGGGCUUGGGUGAAUAUGGCCGACUGGGGCAUGGCGACAAUACAACUCAGCUGAAACCUAAAAUGGUAAAGGUGCUCCUGGGUCAUCGAGUCAUACAGGUUGCAUGCGGCAGUAGAGAUGCUCAGACGUUGGCUCUUACAGAUGAAGGACUUGUCUUCUCUUGGGGUGAUGGAGAUUUUGGGAAGCUAGGCCGUGGAGGAAGCGAAGGAUGUAAUGUCCCUCAAAACAUUGAAAGACUCAAUGGCCAAGGAGUAUGUCAGAUUGAAUGCGGAGCUCAAUUUUCAUUGGCAUUAACAAAAUCUGGUGUUGUAUGGACAUGGGGGAAAGGUGACUAUUUUCGCCUGGGUCAUGGCACCGAUGUCCAUGUGAGAAAACCACAAGUUGUUGAAGGCCUCAGAGGAAAGAAGAUUGUUCACGUUGCUGUUGGAGCACUUCACUGUCUUGCAGUAACUGACACGGGGCAGGUCUAUGCAUGGGGGGACAAUGAUCACGGGCAGCAAGGUAACGGAACAACAACUGUCAACAGAAAACCUACCCUUGUCCAUGGUCUGGAAGGACAGAAAAUAACCCGUGUGGCCUGUGGGUCUUCUCACAGUGUGGCCUGGACAACAGUGGAUGUGGCAACACCUGCGGUUCACGAACCUGUCCUCUUUCAAACAGCUAGGGAUCCUCUAGGAGCCUCAUAUCUGGGUGUACCUUCAGAUCCCGAAUCUUCAUCUACUUCCAGCAACAAAAUCAAUGGUGUGAACAAUGCCAAGUCGAACCGCCCAUCCCUUGCAAAGAUUCUCCUAUCUAUCGACGGGAAUUUAGCCAAGCAACAGGCGCUCUCUCAUGUUCUUACUGCAUUGCAGAUCAUGUAUGCGAGGGAUGCUGUUGUUGGAGCUUUGAUGCCAGCCAGUAUGAUUGCUCCUGUGGAGUGCCCAUCCACUGCCCCACCUUCAGAUAUGUCUGGCACAUCUAGCCCCAUCAACAGUGAUGAUGUAGGCUUAGCUAUGGAUUUAGAGGAUCGAUUAAGUCCUAGCCCUUGGCAGGAUAGACGUGGAGAGGUGCCCACCUCUGAAGACGCAGUGACACCCUCUGCUGUGACUCCUUCUGCUUCUGCAGCUUCUUCUCGACCUUUUAUUCCAGUUACAGAUGAUCCUGGUGCAGCUAGUAUCAUUGCAGAAACCAUGACCAAAACCAAAGAUGUGGAAAGCCAGAAUAAAGUGUCAGGCCCAGAGCCCCAGUGUCUGGAUGAAUUUACCAGUUUACUUGUAUCCGAUGAUACUAGAGUCUUAGUUGACCUGCUUAAAUUGGCCGUCUCUAACAGAGCUGGAGAAAAGGGGAAAGAAGUUCUCUCUGCUGUUCUGUCUGGAAUGGGCACUGCGUACCCGCAGGUAGCAGAUAUGCUGCUUGAACUUUGUGUCACAGAACUAGAAGAUGUUGCCACAGAUUCCCAGAGUGGGCGUCUCUCCUCACAACCAGUUGUGGUAGAAAGUAGCCACCCAUAUACAGAUGACACCUCAACAAGUGGCACAGUCAAAAUUCCAGGUGCUGAGGGCCUUAGAGUAGAAUUUGACCGCCAGUGUUCUACAGAGCGGCGACAUGACCCACUUACCAUAAUGGAUGGGGCCAACAGGAUAGUUUCAGUCCGAUCAGGCCGAGAAUGGUCUGACUGGUCUAGUGAACUGAGAAUUCCUGGAGAUGAAUUAAAGUGGAAAUUUAUUAGUGAUGGAUCAGUCAAUGGCUGGGGCUGGCGGUUCACAGUCUAUCCUAUCAUGCCAGCUGCAGGUCCAAAAGAUCUCCUGUCAGAUCGGUGCAUCCUGUCUUGCCCAUCAAUGGAUUUAGUCACCUGUCUUUUAGAUUUCCGUUUGAAUUUUGCUUCCAAUCGAGGAAUAGUUCCCCGUCUGGCUGCUUCGCUCGCAGCCUGUGCUCAGCUUAGCGCUCUUGCGGCAGGUCACAGGAUGUGGGCUCUUCAGAGGCUGAGGAAACUUCUAACCACAGAGUUUGGACAGUCUAUUAACAUCAAUAGGUUACUUGGAGAUGGAGACUCUGAAGCACGUGUAAUGAGUUUUACAGGAAGUGCCUUAGCGGCGUUGGUGAAGGGCCUUCCUGAAGCCUUACAGAGACAAUUCGAGUAUGAAGAUCCAGUUGUCAGAGGAGGGAAGCAGUUGCUUCACAGUCCGUUCUUCAAGGUUUUGGUGGCCCUUGCUUGUGAUCUUGAGUUAGAUACUCUUCCAUGCUGUGCAGAGACUCACAAGUGGGCAUGGUUUAGGAGGUACUGUAUGGCUUCAAGAGUUGCUGUUGCACUGGACAAGAGAACACCGCUCCCUCGAUUGUUUUUAGAUGAGGUUGCCAAGAAAAUCCGUGAGCUUAUGGCAGAUUAUGAGACUAUGAAUACGGUCCAUGAGAGUCAUGAGAUCUUCAGGAGAGAACAAGAUGAACAGCUUGUCCAGUGGAUGAAUAGACGACCUGAUGAUUGGACUUUGUCAGCUGGUGGCAGUGGAACCAUCUAUGGCUGGGGUCAUAAUCACCGAGGACAACUUGGAGGUAUUGAAGGUGCGAAAGUCAAGGUCCCUACACCAUGUGAAGCAUUGGCAACACUAAGACCUAUACAGUUGAUUGGAGGAGAGCAAACUCUAUUUGCCGUCACAGCUGAUGGGAAAUUGUAUGCCACAGGUUAUGGCGCUGGUGGUAGGCUGGGCAUCGGUGGCACUGAAUCUGUGUCUACACCCACACUGUUGGAAUCCAUUCAACAUGUUUUUGUGAAAAAGGUGGCAGUCAACUCUGGUGGAAAGCACUGUCUUGCACUCUCUUCUGAGGGUGAGGUCUAUUCCUGGGGAGAGGCGGAAGAUGGAAAAUUAGGCCAUGGGAACAGAAGCCCAUGUGAUAGACCUCGUGUUAUUGAAUCUUUACGAGGAACAGAAGUUAUAGAUAUAGCCGCAGGUGGUGCACACAGCGCAUGUAUCACAGCAGCUGGAGAACUGUACACCUGGGGAAAAGGAAGGUAUGGACGUCUUGGGCAUGGUGAUAGUGAAGAUCAGCUGAAGCCCAAGUUGGUGGAGGCCCUGCAAGGAUAUCGUGUCAUUGACAUUGCCUGUGGCAGUGGAGAUGCGCAAACGCUCUGCUUGACUGACGAUGACACGGUCUGGUCUUGGGGGGAUGGAGAUUAUGGAAAACUUGGACGAGGGGGCAGUGAUGGUUGUAAAGUACCUAUGAAAAUUGAUUCCUUGACAGGACUUGGAGUCACCAAAGUGGAGUGUGGUUCUCAGUUCUCUGUGGCUCUGACAAAGUCCGGCGCUGUCUAUACAUGGGGAAAAGGUGACUAUCAUCGGCUUGGUCAUGGAUCCGAUGAUCAUGUGCGGAGGCCACGGCAAGUCCAGGGACUUCAAGGGAAGAAAGUUAUUGCCAUUGCCACGGGGUCGCUGCAUUGUGUGUGCUGCACUGAGGAUGGUGAAGUAUACACAUGGGGUGAUAAUGAUGAAGGCCAGCUUGGAGAUGGAACCACAAACGCGAUUCAGCGACCUCGCCUUGUAGCAGCUCUUCAGGGUAAAAAGAUAAACCGAGUCGCCUGUGGUUCUGCUCACACAUUGGCCUGGUCUACAAGUAAACCUGCCAAUGCUGGCAAGCUCCCCACACAGGUACCAAUGGAAUAUAACCACCUGCAAGAGAUAGCCAUUAUAGGUUUAAGGAAUAGGUUGCUGUUACUUCAUCAUAUCUCUGAGCUCUUUUGUCCAUGCAUCCCCAUGUUUGACUUGGAAGGAAGGCUGGAGGAGACUGGUCAAGGUCCUUCAGUUGGCUUCGAUACAUUGCGUGGGAUUCUCAUCUCCCAAGGAAAGGAGGCUGCGUUCCGCAAAGUUGUCCAAGCAACCAUGGUACGGGACCGCCAACAUGGCCCAGUGGUUGAAUUAAACAGGAUACAGGUGAAACGUUCAAGAAGUAAAGGAGGUUUGGCAGGUCCAGAUGGUACCAAAUCUGUCUUUGGCCAGAUGUGUGCAAAAAUGACAUCCUUCAGUCCUGACAGCCUUCUGUUACCUCAUCGCGUCUGGAAGGUCAAAUUCGUUGGGGAGUCUGUAGAUGAUUGCGGAGGUGGCUACAGCGAAUCCAUUGCAGAAAUGUGUGAAGAGCUUCAAAAUGGACUGACUCCACUUCUCAUUGUGACUCCAAACGGAAGAGAUGAGUCUGGGGCUAACAGGGACUGCUUCCUGUUGAAUCCGGCAGCUAAGACCACCCUUCACAUGAAUAUGUUUAGAUUUCUUGGUGUGCUUCUUGGAAUUGCAAUUCGAACAGGAAGCCCUCUAAGUCUUAAUCUGGCUGAACCAGUGUGGAAGCAGCUGGCGGGCAUGAAUCUGACAAUUGCUGACCUCAGUGAGGUGGAUAAAGACUUUAUUCCUGGACUUAUGUAUAUACGCGACAACGAGGCGACCUCAGAGGAAUUUGAAGCAAUGAUUCUUCCUUUUACUGUGCCCAGUGCAAGUGGUCAGGACAUACAGCUGAGCUCCAAGCACACACACAUAACCCUCGACAAUCGAGCAGAGUAUGUAAGGCUCGCCAUCGGCUACAGGUUACAUGAGUUCGAUGAACAAGUUGCUGCCGUUCGUGAAGGCAUGGCACGCGUGGUACCAGUGCCCCUUCUCUCUCUCUUUACUGGUUAUGAACUUGAAACAAUGGUCUGUGGCAGCCCUGAUAUUCCCCUUCAUCUGUUGAAAUCUGUCGCCACGUAUAAAGGGAUUGAGCCCACAGCUUCUCUAAUUCAGUGGUUUUGGGAGGUGAUGGAAUCCUUCUCCAACACAGAGCGGUCCUUGUUUCUCAGAUUUGUGUGGGGUAGGACCAGACUGCCCCGAACAAUAGCGGACUUCAGAGGCAGAGACUUUGUCAUUCAGGUCUUGGAUAAGUACAAUCCUCCAGAUCAUUUUCUUCCAGAAUCCUAUACAUGUUUCUUCCUGCUGAAGCUUCCCAGAUAUUCCUGCAAGCAAGUUCUGGAGGAGAAAUUAAAAUACGCUAUUCACUUCUGCAAGUCCAUAGACACUGAUGACUACGCACGGAUUGCACUUACCGGCGAGCCCGCCGCAGAUGACAGCAGCGAUGACUCUGAUAACGAAGAUGCAGAUUCAUUUGCUUCAGACUCCACGCAGGACUACCUUACAGGACACUAAGGGAGCCCAGGCAGAAGAAGGGGGUUCUCCUAAUGCACUGAGGGGAACCUGGCAGCCCAAAGCUUAGCAGUAGAUUAUACUACAGAUAUAUGAAGAAAGACUUGAACUUUUCCAUUGUGUGCGGCGAUGCAUAGGUGCCUAUUCCUAAUUACACUGCACUUCUAUUGUGUUUUAUCAUGUGUUGUAAAUGUUUACUACAGAGAAAUCAGUGCAGUGUCCCAUCGCGAGGCAGCACAGCCUUUUACAUGUGAGUGCAAUAGUUUUUUUUUUUUUUUCUUAUGUAGUGUUGUUUACCUGUGUAAUUUCAUAAUGGUUGCGUAUAGUGGAGAAACAUGAAAGUAUUAAUCAUUUUCAUUUCCCUCUCCUGGCAACCUGCUUAUUACGACGUUUUCAGAAGCAGCUGAUCAGUAUUCCUUCCAGUUACAUGUAAAUUAGAAAAAUGAGGGGCAUCCAAAUGUUUUCCUGUCACUAGUUCUGUUUGUAUAGUUGCGCUCUCCCUUCAUGCUUUAAAUGGCCUCUUACCACAGUCAUUACAUUUUAUGGGAAAUAUGUAUAUAACGGAUUAGUACCAUGACAUAUGCAAUCCAUCGUCCCUCUGAAUAAACUGUGUCACUACAGUA